AUGGAGAGUAGCGAGGAAGAAGACGACUUCCCAUCUAUCGAAACCAUUACUCCUCAGUCAAAGAUCGAUUCCGUUCACCAGUCUCUCACCGAAAAGGGAAUUAGAAAGCUGUGCUGUGAGCUCUUGGACUUAAAGGAUGCUGUGGAAAAUAUGUGCGGUGAUAUGCGUACCAAGUACCUCGCUUUCUUGAGAAUAUCUGAAGAAGCAGUGGAGAUGGAGCACGAGUUGGUUGAGCUACGGAAACACAUUUCUUCUCAGGGGAUUAUCGUGCAGGAUCUUAUGGCUGGACUUGUCCGUGAGAUGGAUGAAUGGAAGCGAUCCGCUGGUGAUGCAGAUGACUCAGAUAACUCUGAAGUCAAUGAUCCCUUGGCUAACGAGUUAACCGAUCCAAAGUCUGAGUUCCUGGAGAAACUUGACCUUCUUUUGGCUGAACAUAACGUAGAUGCAGCACUUGAUGCAAUCGAUGCAGAGGAAAGAAACAACUUAGAGCUUAAAGGAUCAGCUGAGAUGUCUUCUUACAAGUCUGCUUUCAUGGAAAGAAAAGUGGUUCUUGAGGAUCAGCUUCUAAGGAUCGCUAAACAACCUUCAGUAAGUGUUGCUGAAUUGAAGCAUGCGUUGAGUGGGUUGGUUAGACUUGGCAAAGGACCUUCAGCUCACCAGCUGCUUCUGAAGUUUUACGCCACAAGCCUCCACAGAAGAAUCGAGACCUUUCUUCCUUCUUGCUCGACCUGUCCAAACACAUUUCCAGCUACUUUGUCGAAGCUUGUUUUCUCUAACAUCUCAGUGGCUGCAAAGGAAUCGGCGGCGAUGUUUGGUGAUAACCCUGCGUAUUCCAACAAAGUUGUUCAGUGGGCAGAGAGGGAAGUUGAGUAUUUGGUGAGGCUGGUUAAGGAGAACGCUUCUCCUUCCGAGACUGUUUCUGCGUUGCGUGCAGCCAGUGUGUGUCUUCAAGACUGUCUCAACUACUGCAAAAAGUUGGAGCCACAGGGCUUGAUUCUGUCCAAACUGUUUUUGGUGCUGUUCCGGCCUUAUGUUGAGGAAGUGUUGGAGCUGAACUUUAGACGUGCUCGAAGAGUUGUUUUCGACUUGAACGAAACUGAUGAGGCCUUGGAACCAUCUUCUGAAUUUGUGGCGGUUUUAUCCGAAUUCGCAAUCGCUUCGGAUACGACAAUGACUGAUUGUAGCAUUCGGUUCAUGCAGAUAGUGCAAGACAUACUUGAGCAGUUAACGCAUCUAGUUGUGUUACACUUUGGCGAAAGUGUGUUAACGAGGAUCUUGCAACUGUACGAUAAGUACAUCGACUUUCUGAUCAAAGCCUUGCCUGGCCAUGCAGACGAAGACGGUCUUCCUGAGCUACAAGAUUACACCAUACUCGCUAGAGCUGAGACAGAUUCAGAGCAGCUCGCUCUUCUUGGAGCAGCGUUUACAAUACUCGACGAGCUUUUACCUAAAUCGCUUGUUAAAGUGUGGAAUCUCCAGAUUGAAAACGAGGGAGGAGAAGGUGGUGAUAGUAGUGCUGCUCUGAUCAGUAGCUCUGCACCGGAGUUGAAAGAAUGGAAACGCCACAUGGUUCAAGCAUUUGAUAAACUCAGAAACUACUUCUGUCUGCAGUUUGUUUUGAGCUUCAUCUACUCUAGGGAAGGACUAACACGAUUAGACGCACUCAUUUAUUUAACUGAGUCACCAGAUGACUCGAAUCUUCCCUCUUUACCGUUUCAGGCGUUGUUUUCUAAGCUGCAACAGUUGGCCAUAAUUGCGGGAGAUGUUCUGCUUGGUAAAGAGAAGCUGCAAAAGAUUUUACUAGCCAGAUUAACCGAGACGGUUAUCAUUUGGCUAUCAAACGAGCAGGAGUUUUGGAGUGCCUUUGAGGACGAGUCAACUCCACUCCAGCUAUCUGGGUUGCAACAGUUGAUCCUGGACAUGAACUUCACAGUUGAGAUAGCUCGGUUCGCGGGUUAUCCAUUUAAAGUGGUGCAGAACCAUGCAUCAGUCGUCAUCAAUCGAGCCAUCAACAUAUUCUCCUCAAGAGGGAACAACCCACAAAGCGAGCUCAAGAAAACCGAGUGGUUCACGGAAGCUGCCAAGUCAGCUAUAAACAGGCUACUCAUGGGCUCAGAGGACGCAUCAGAACCUGAAGAAUACGACUGCGAAGAAGACGGUCACAUUGUCCUCCCUGAGAUUAGCGAUGAUGACCACUCAGAUUCCUUAGAAACUUCAUCACUUUCUACUAUGGACUCGUUCGAGUCAUUUGCCUCUGCGAGCAUGGCCGACCUUGAGAGUCCCUCUUUCACCGAUUCCGAGUCCUGA